UCUCUUCCUACCAAACCUCAACAAGACCACACAACAACUCCGAAUUGGGAAGAGAGGAAGUCAUAAAAGUGAAGUUUAGAGAAGAGAAACAGUCAAGAUGGCGUCUUCCAUGACUUUGAGGGUCACCACGCCCGCGGGCAAAAAGCCAAUCCGCAAGCUCCCCUCCAACAUUGAAAUCGGCGCUGGCACGACCGUCGAGGAGGCCAAGAGGAUCAUCGCGCGCCACACUGGCAUGCGCGACUACCACCGCAUCGCCAUCGUGGACACCACCACCAAGAGCAUCAUCAAGGACCGCCUGAGCAUCCUGGCCCAGAACCCCGGCGUGCAAGCCACCGGCGACAUCGCCGUCAAGGACCUUGGCCCCCAAGUCUCCUGGCGCACCGUCUACGUCGUCGAAUACGCCGGUCCCAUCUUCCUCUCCCUCCUCCUCGCCUACCCCCUCCGCGCCUAUAUCUACCCCACCGCCCUCUUCGGCCCCGCCACGCCCUUCUCAACCGUCCAGACCAUCUCCCUCGCCCUAAUCGUGCUUCACUUCAUCAAGCGCGAGCUCGAGACCGUCUUCCUCCACCGCUUCUCCGCCGCCACCAUGCCAGCCUCCUACAUCCUCAGGAACUUGGCCUACUACUGGCUCUCCAUGCUAAACAUCGCGUACUGGGUUUUCGCCCCCAACGCCGCUGCUGCUGCACCACUGGAGGAGGGGAGGGAUACCUACAUCCUCGCUGCUGGACUGGCGGUAUACCUCUUCGGCGAGCUGGCCAACUUCAACACCCACGUCAUCCUAGCGAACCUGCGACCCAAGGGGACCACCAAGCGCGGCAUCCCCAAGGGGUUCGGCUUCGGCAUCGUCGCGUGCCCGAACUACCUCUUUGAGCUCGUCUCGUGGAUCGGUGUGCUCCUUGUGACGCGCAGUUUCGCGACGGGUGGGUUCUGCGUCGUGGCGUGGUUGUGGAUGCAGAGGUGGGCGGUAGGGAGGGAGAAGAGGUAUCGGAAGGAGUUUGGGGCCGCGUAUAAGCCGCAUUUGUAUCCGAUGACGCCGGGGUGGGCGUUGCCGAUUAGGAAGGCGAAGGAGUGAGUGUGUGAAGUGUUGGUGGGGUGGUGUGUAUUAGUAGUGAGGGGUGGGUGGGUGGUUAGAAAGGAAAAAUGGAAUGAGGGCUGAGAGGGAGCUGGCUACUGGGGAAGGGAAGUGUGCGUGGGUGGUAUAUUGAUAAGAAAAUAAUGAGGAGAUGAGUUAGAUGGGCUAUAGGCUCUAGAUUGCAUGGGCAUUGCAGGUUUAUGGGAAAGGUUAUUGCUUCGGUCAUAUGGCAACAAGAUCAUUGCAUUGUUUUUGCUUAAAAGGAGUAGCGCAGAAUUGAGUCUCGAUUGAAAGUACAGAUUUUUCUAU